GCACGCGGGCUCCUAGGAGUUACCACGCUUUGGACAAGCACAAGUGCCUCUUCUCCUCUUGCUGUGGACCUCCUGCCUCACCUCUCAUCGAAAUGGACCCCAACUGCUCCUGCACUGGUGGAACCUGCACCUGCGCCGGCUCCUGCAAAUGCAAAGACUGCAAAUGCACCUCCUGCAAGAAAAGCUGCUGCGCCUGCUGCCCGGCCGGCUGUGCCAAGUGCGCCCAGGGCUGCGUCUGCAAAGGGGCGUCGGACAAGUGCAGCUGCUGUGCGUGACCCCGGGGGAGAGCCCGCUCCCCAGUGUAAAUAGAGCAACAUCUGCAAACCCGCAUUUUUUAAUAUUUUUUUCAUAAACCCUAAACCGAUUGCUAUGUUCCUUUUUGUAUGAAAUACCUGAAUGACAAUAAACUUAUCUAUACUC